AAAUGAAAGUAUUUAGUUGUAAAAUAAAAUUUGACGAAUUAAGAUGUCACUACUGUACUUAUCGUAAAUCACAGUGGGUUCCUUUUUUUUUUAUGUUUAUCAUCACGUAAAGUGACUUAUAAGUUGAAGGUGUAUUCAAUAUUUUCAACUAUUGUGUGUACGUGAUUAAAAAAUAUUAGUGUAACUUAAAAUGAGUAAAAAUACUCCACCACCACCAUAUGAACCUCCACCCUAUGCACCUCCGUCUUAUAGUCAAACAGUGGGUGGAGUUCCACCUGCUAGUCCAUUUACGUCUGCCGAAGUGUAUGCACAAGGACCAGCUAUCGUAACUACUAUUGUCCCUAUGGGACCAGGACCAACUCAUACUAUUUGUCCACAUUGUCAAGUUGAAAUCGAGUCUACAACGAAAACAGAACCUGGCAUGAUCGCUUACAUUUCCGGUGUUGUAAUAGCUUUACUUGGUUGUUGGUUCGGUUGCUGUUUAAUUCCAUGUUGCAUUGAUGAAUGUAUGGAUGUACAUCAUACCUGUCCAAAUUGCAAAGCUUAUCUCGGACGUUAUAGAAGAUGAAUAUAUAUUUUGAUCUGGAAUCUUUAACAUUGAAUUUCAACAUUACGAUAUAAUUUUAUUUAUAAUUAUGAUAUUAUAUCUAAUACGAAAUUUAAUUGAUUUUAUUCUGCUGCUUCUCUUACAUAUUUAUAUUACAAGUGUAAUGAAUUUUCCAGAGUGUCUUGAAGGAUAAAAUGUAAAUAAUAUUUAAACUUUUCUUCCAAGGUACAAAAUAAUUAACAGUGUGUAAACGAUGAUAAUGGAGAGAGAGAGAGAGAGAGAGAGAGAGAGAGAAAUGAAUCAAAAAUGUCUUCUUAUCUAUUCAAUUCUUAUAUAUUAUCAAUCGAAAGUAUUCUCGUAUGGGAUUUAGUUGGAAGAAAUAUUAAAGAUGAAAGUUUAUUCAUCAAAUAUAUAUAUAUAUUUAUAAUAAAAAGAAGAAAAAAACUGCAAAUCUAUUUUGAUGAAAUUUGUCAAAAUAUAUUAUUUUUGUUAUUAGCUACUUGUUGAUUAUAUUGCGAGCACAUUUUUAAAUGCAGCUAUUAUUCUAUGAAAAUAAUAAAA